UACCAAACACUGAUAAACGUAACUUUAUGACUUACACUAGUGACAGAUCUUUAGCUGACUCCAUUUAAUUGAACGAGUGAUUUGUGUUUAUAAAAAAUAUAAUUAUUUUAUUAAUUCUUAAAAAGCAUGGCUCAGCAAAGACAGCUUUCGUCGAAAGAGAUCUUUGCCCUAGAAGAUCAGUAUGGGUGCCGCAAUUAUGCUCCUCUACCCGUCGCUCUAUCUCGGGGUGAAGGCAUAUUCGUGUGGGAUGUAGAAAACAAGAAAUAUUUCGAUUUCUUAAGUGCUUACUCAGCAGUUAACCAGGGCCACUGCCACCCGAGGAUCGUGAAGGCUCUGAAGGAACAGGCCGAUAAACUGACGCUAGUGUCAAGAGCAUUUUACUCCGACCAAUUGGGAAACUAUGAGAAGUUCAUGACAGAGCUGUUCGGCUACGACCGCCUGCUGCCCAUGAACACGGGCGUGGAGGGCGGCGAGAGCGCGUGCAAGAUCGCGCGCAAGUGGGGAUACGACGUCAAGAAGAUACCGAAGGACCAAGCUAAGAUAAUCUUCGCAGAAGGAAACUUCUGGGGUCGCACGCUGUCUGCGGUGUCCUCUUCCUCAGACCCUACGUGUUACAACGGAUUCGGACCCUACAUGCCGUGCUUUGAACUCAUUCCAUACAAUAACAUUCCCGCAUUGGAGAAAGCGCUCCAAGAUCCCAACGUAGCUGCCUUCAUGGUGGAGCCCAUACAGGGCGAGGCUGGAGUGAUCAUCCCUGACGACGGCUACUUAAGGAAAGUUCGAGAACUCUGCACCAAGUACAACGUGCUUUGGAUUGCGGACGAAGUGCAAACCGGAUUAGGUCGCACCGGCAAGCUCCUGGCAGUGCAGCACGAGGGAGUGAAGCCCGACAUGCUGAUACUGGGCAAGGCGCUCAGCGGCGGCGUGCUGCCCGUCUCCGCUGUCUUGGCCAAUAAUAACGUUAUGAACGUCAUAACGCCGGGCACCCACGGUUCGACGUACGGCGGCAACCCGCUCGCGUGCGCCGUCGCUACCGAGGCUAUAAAGGUAUUAUUAGAUGAGAAAUUGGCUGAGAACGCAAGUAAACUGUGCUCGGUGUUCCGUGAAGAGUUGGAGAAGAUCCCCAAGUCUAAGCUGGUGACCAUUCGCGGCCGAGGACUCAUGUUCGCCAUUGAUGUUCACGACAGUAUUAAUGCAUACGAUGUAUGCCAUCGGCUGAAAGCAGCGGGUCUCCUCGCCAAGACCACGCACGGGCAGACCAUCCGCCUGGCGCCGCCGCUCGUCAUCACCGAGGAACAGUUGAGGGAAGGCGCUCGUAUCAUUCAAAAAGUAUUCGAAAGUUAUGACAAAUAAUGUCCGAUGUAAUUAUUAUUUAUAGUUCUAAUAAAAAUAAUGACCAAUAUAUGUUUGUAAUAUAAUAAAUUGCUUAUAACUUU